AUGAUCCACCCCGAGCAGGUUGCCGACAUGCUGAAGAAGACGAGCAGUCUGCUCGUCCCCACGAGCACGGGCUCGCCCUCGGUCGACCCCGUCCCAACCGUCGUCCCCGACCACCCCAUCCACCAGAAUGCUGGCGAGGCCGGCGCCAGGACGCUCUGGGUCGUCUUUGUGCUGAUGCUGCUUGCCACCAUCACCUUUUCUGGCCUGUCCUGGACCGUCCCAACAUCUCGCCGCCUGUACCAUGUUGUCACCACCCUGAUCACCAUCAUUGCCUCUCUUUCGUACUUCGCAAUGGCCACUGGUCAUGGUGUGUCUGAGCACCACACCAGGGUGCGUGAGUCGCACAAGCACGUUCCCGACACCUACCACGACGUUUACCGUCAGGUCUUCUGGGCCCGUUACGUCGAUUGGGCCCUGACCACGCCUCUGCUCCUGCUCGACCUUUGCCUUCUGGCCGGAGUCGAUGGCGCCCACACUCUGAUGGCUAUCGUGGCCGACGAGAUCAUGAUUCUCACUGGUCUUUUCGCCGCUUUCGGCAACGAGGGUACUCCCCAGAAAUGGGGCUGGUAUACCAUUGCUUGCAUUGCCUACCUUGUCGUCAUCUGGCAUCUUGCUAUCCACGGUCGUGCCAAGGCAUUCUCUCGGGGCGACAAGGUCAGCAAGCUCUUCGGAUCCCUUGCUCUGUUUACCCUGAUCCUCUGGACUGCCUACCCCAUCGUCUGGGGUGUUGCGGACGGCUCCCGCAGGGCCUCUGUCAACGAUGAGAUCAUUGCCUACGCUGUCUUGGACCUUCUUGCCAAGCCAGUCUUCGGUCUUUGGCUCUUGCUUAGCCAUGCCAGGCUGUCCGAUACCCACCUGGAGCUUGGCGGCUACUGGACUCACGGCCUUACCAGCGAAGGCGCCAUCCGCAUCGGCGAUGACGACGAGGGUGCUUAA